AUGAAAAAAGUACUAAUCCCUCUCUUCUUACACGGAACUGACACUUGUUAUGAAACUUGCUUUAAUUGUCAACCUGGUCAAUCGUUCAGAGCGGACUGGUGCCUUGACCUUCACGGUUAUUUAUCCCGUGAAGAGUUUGCCGCUAGACUUAACGAGAUCAAUAAUCAUGUUAAAAGCGUUGAACUAAUGACCUACAAAACAAAAAACUUAUUAUAUUGUGUCGCUUCCAUCUGUGCUUCAUUAUUAUCAGCUAUUUUCUCUGCAAUUAUAAAUGCAAUAGCUGGUGUAUCUUUAGGCAUUAGUAUAACCGGAAUUUUAUUCUUUAUUGCCAAAUAUAUGAUCGAAAAAAAUGCUGCUGACCGUGCAAUAACAUUUACUAAUCUCCUAAACGAACUUUUUGCACAAUAUAACAAACAUGAAACCCCAACUGUUAAUUGGAAAUUCUGGUGGGUUCAUUCCUAUGAAAUAUACGUUACUGGGUUGGAUGGAAGAGCUUAUGGAAAUGGUCAUGUAAACAAGUUAAAAAUGGGUCAUUGUCUUAGUGUUAAAUUCGCGUUGCUAUUUGCUGAAAACGCAUUAAUAAUUCUUGAAAUCAAUGAUGCCCUCUCCAGUCUUACCAAAAAAACUGUUGGUGAUAAAUAG